AAAAAUAAAUAUAGUAAUAUUAAAUGUCUGGUGUGCUGAGUGAAAAUCAGCAAAUGCCUAUUUGUUAUUUAUUUAGAUGUAAAAUCAAUUUUACCAUUUUCGGAAAUCUUCGUUCGACGUUGCCAAGGUCAUUUACGCAUGCGCAUUAUACAUAAAUAUUUGUUUGGCUGAUUUGUCACGUUUGUGGAGUGUUCGUGUCGGAAGGUGGGGUGAAAAUUUGUCGUAUGUUUGUGUUGUUUUGUUGUUAGAAGUUCGUGCCCUUCCGAAUAAAUAAAAAGGGUGAAUAUGGCGUCGUCAGACAACGUAAUAGCGAUCGAGCCUUCACAGGAGCUCCGAUUUAAAGGUCCGUUCAAGGAUGAGGUGUCCAGCAGCAACCUCACGGUCACCAACACGUCCGACAAGAGGAUCACGUUCAAGAUCAAAACCACAGCGCCCAAGAGGUACUGCGUGAGGCCGAACCAGGGCAUCGUAGAACCGGGAAGCACGGUUAGCAUUGCAGUGAUGCUGCAGCCGUUUGAUUACGACCCUGCUGAAAAGAACAAGCACAAGUUUAUGGUACAGACCAUGUUCCUGCCAGACGGAGAUGAAGACCUCGAGUCACUGUGGAAGAACGCCAGCCCCGAACAGAUCAUGACCUCCAACAAGAUGCGGUGCGUGUUUGAGAUGCCGGCCGACUCGCAGGAGGAUCCGGCCAGCAGGCCGGAGCCCAAGGAUAUGAAGAUGGCAGCUGACGAGGUGCGGCGUCUCAGAGAGGAGAUGAGCAAUGCGCGCAACGAAAACCUCCAGCUCAAGGAGGAGGGGAUCCGGUUGCGCCGUCAGCUGGCGGCGGCCGGCGCCGGCAGCGGCGCCUCCGCAGAGCCCGCGCCCGUCGACACUACCAUGUACUACGUGAUGGCCAUCGUCGCGCUCAUUAUCGGCACCAUCGUCGGCAAGAUGGUGCUCUAGGGCCGGCCGCGGUGGCCGUCCCGCCCGCCGUACCGGUCCGCACCGAGCCCGCGCCGAGCCGAGAGAGAGCGCGUGCCGCCGGGGCGCCGCCGGCUGGGCCGCGCCGCCCCGGUCCGGCCGGCGCCUCCUGAACGCCGUCUACGGUCCGGCGAGCUCUGCCCGAUAUAGCAGCCACCACGGAGUGGCGGGAGCGCGCGCCCAGCGCCGCCCGCCGCCCCGCUACUAGUGUCCGAGAGAGCGAGUGCGUGCGAGAGUGACGAGAAGCGCGCGAGGAAUGACGCCACGCGUCGGCGGUUCCGGCGGCUGAGACGGCGCCGUGACUGAGAGCGUUCGGCGGCGCGCCUCAGGGACGGGCGCUCCAGGGCGAGAGUGCGUGCGCGAGCGGUGUCUGAGGCGUGAUUGGCACCUUUUCUGCGGGGCGCCGUGAUUGGCGCGCUGUGUCCGCGCGGGUGGUGAAAUCGGUGGUGUUUGGCUGUGUGGUAUUGGCGCUAGUCGUUGGGAAACCUCUUCUCGGAUGUUUAUAAGAUACCUGUUAUGUUUUACUCGCUUGUAUCUAUUAUCGGUAAAUCAUCUAUCGGUUGUGCCGUCCCUGCUGAUACCCAAAUGGUAUGCUCGUCUGUUCGUCUUCCCCUUUUCCUGGCGCCCCGCUGCUGCCCCUCCCGUCCCCCUAUCCGGGAGGUUCCCCAGUUCCCUCCGGCAGUCUGAGCCGGCGAGCAGCGCCCGCUGAGGCUCGACAGCUGACCGUCGGCCCCGGCCGGAUGUAUCGUCCGAACGUUAUAAUUGCCCAGUACACGGGAUUAUCAAUAUGCAUGUCAAUUUACCUGUCGGUGGUUUGGAAGAGUCAAUAAAUUCAAGUUCAGAUUA